AUGGCUGAUCUGGAUCAAUUACUUCAUGAAUUAAGUUACCUUAGAGAGUCAAAAUACAGUGAAGCAGAGAUCCUUUUGUGUCUUAAUAUCACCCAAUCACAACUUAAAGGAUUUGAUGUUUUGCUUCACCAAUCUAAACAAGCUGCAAAGGAUGUGCCUUUUAUGAGUGAACAUGUACCAAAAACACAGGAGGACAAUGAUGAAAACAAGGAGGAGAGUGACUAUGAAGAUGAAGUUGAAGAAUCACAAGUGGAAAAUGAUAAAGAUGGAGCUGAUGAUGAUGAAGAGGGAGUUGAUGAUACUCAAGUUAGGGUUAGAACUCAAGUCAGGAUUAGAACAAGAAAACCUUCUGAAAGGAUCACUGAAAACAUGUUAAAGAAAAUUGUGGUUGACAAGAAAGGAAUAGGAAUGGCUCCAGAGAAACCUCUUAGUUUGGAUUAG